AUGGUCGUGACGCUUCCACUGCCAAAGCAGAUAACCCGAUACUGGCCGGAAAGAGCAGCCAUGGCCCUGCAGUCGUUUGCAUUUUGGAGCUUUGCGAUCCUCUUGACGGUGCCAUGGCUCUUUUGCAUCUACCAACUCGUGACGAACCAACUCGGCCGAACGAAGCGAAUAAAACUGGUGCUAGACGAUGUCACGGCUCCAAAAGUGGUCAUCGUUAUGCCCUGUUACCGAGAAGAGCCAGAUGUCCUCGUUACUGCAAUCAAUUCGGUAGUGGACUGCGAUUAUCCGGCAGCGUGCAUUCACGUCUUCUUGUCGUUUGACGGCGAUCAGCAAGACGAACUGUACUUGAACACGAUCGCAAAGCUCGGUGUACCAGAAUCAAGGGGCUCUUAUCCGCGCAGCAUCGACGUCAUGUAUAAGUCGUCAAGAGUGACUGUUUCGCGGUUUCCUCAUGGAGGCAAACGGCACUGUCAGAAAAUGACAUUUCGAUUGAUUGACAAGGUCUAUGAGCGCUACUUGAAGCGCAACGACAAUUUAUUCAUUCUCUUCAUCGACUCUGAUUGUAUCCUUGAUCGAGUGUGCCUGCAGAACUUCGUCUACGACAUGGAGCUUAGUCCAGGCAACACCAAGGACAUGCUGGCAAUGACUGGUGUCAUCACCUCGACGACAAAGAAGCACAGCAUAAUCACCCUGCUACAAGAUAUCGAGUACAUACACGGGCAGCUGUUUGAGAGGACAGUAGAGUCCGGGUGUGGCUCAGUGACGUGCCUUCCCGGAGCUUUAACGAUGCUUCGGCUGUCAGCAUUCCGACGAAUGGCAAAGUACUACUUUGCUGACAAGGCAGAACAGUGCGAGGACUUGUUUGACUUUGCCAAAUGUCACUUGGGGGAAGAUAGAUGGCUUACGCAUCUGUUUAUGAUUGGAGCCAAGAAGAAGUAUCAGAUUCAAAUGUGCACGUCUGCAUUUUGCAAAACGGAAGCCGUACAGACAUAUCGAUCACUCGUUAAGCAACGGCGUCGAUGGUUCUUGGGGUUUAUGACGAACGAGGUGUGCAUGCUGACAGAUUGGAGAUUAUGGAAGCGAUAUCCAAUUCUCGUGUUAGUUCGGUUCAUGCAAAAUACGAUUCGGACGACGUCACUGCUGUUUUUCAUCAUGGUCAUCGCACUAUUGUCUACAACGGCGACGAUUCACGACCUGCCGGUGGGAUUCAUUGCGGUGUCUCUGGGCCUAAACUGGGCCUUGAUGCUCUACUUUGGCCUAAAACUUCGGCGCUUUAAGGCGUGGCUCUACCCGCUCAUGUUCAUUUUGAACCCAUUCUUCAAUUGGUAUUACACCGUAUAUGGGAUUUUUACAGCUGGGCAGAGGACGUGGGGAGGGCCAAGAGCAGAUGCUGCGGCAGCAGAUGGAACGACGACAGCGCGAGAAGCAGCAGAGAAGGCAGAAGAGCAGGGGGAUGAGUUGAAUGUUGUUCCAGAAACAUUUAUUCCGGCGAGACAGGCAAGGCUCUUGCAGUCUCCCGGAGUUUCGGCAGGUCAACAGCAGGGGCUUGGAAGGACAAGGAGCACUGUUCGGCCUCCGGACAAGGUGGAUGGUCUAUUCUCAGCGAGACAGCGGACCAAAGAAGGUACAUUUGAGCACGUCAAUGAUUCCCUGGUGGCUGGGGGAGAAUCAGUGCUACCUCAAUGGGCGAUGCACGAGGCGCGUGAUUCUGUGGAAAGCAUGUUGUCUGAGGGUGAAGUGCCGCAAGGGAGAAACAAUGUGCUGCAGAGUCAGUUCAUGGAGAGUUUUAUGAGCGAGGAGGAUAAGAGGAAAUACAUAGCAGCACAACGGGCAAAGGAAGCGAGGCGGGUCACGAGGGAGGAGAGCGCGGAAGAGGUAGCGGCGGGGGAGGAACUGGGUCGUCGCGGUGAGGGCGAAGCAAAUUAG